UUCCCGCCUUUCGUCACUCCAUUUUGACUACCGACAACCAAUCCGCCACCGCACCGCCACCGCCUUCCACCGCUGCUUCUUCCACAAAUAACAAACUCCAAUUCAACGCAAUUACCAUAAGCAGACAAAUCUACAAGCAGAUCAUAAAAUAUCAAACCUAGAAGAAACAUCCCCAAAUUCGUGGAGGAUGAAGGCAGGAACUCUGACGCUUGUGCUGGUGAAUCUCGCCGGAAUAAUGGAAAGAGCUGACGAAUCGCUGUUACCAGGAGUCUACAAAGAGGUCGGGGAAGCUCUUCAUUCCGGCCCAACCGGCCUGGGCUUCCUCACUCUCUUCCGAUCGAUGGUGCAGGCAAUUUGCUACCCUGUCGCCGCUUACUUGGCGGCUCGGCAUAAUCGGGCCCACGUCAUCGCAUACGGCGCAUUCCUUUGGUCUUCCGCAACCUUCCUCGUCGCCUUCUCGUCCACCUUCUUUCAGGUAGCAGUAUCGAGAGCUUUGAACGGGAUUGGCCUUGCCAUUGUUGCACCGGCAAUUCAGUCCCUCGUUGCUGAUUCAACCGAUGAUUCUAGCCGUGGUACGGCUUUUGGGUGGCUUCAGCUCACCAGCAAUCUUGGUUCGGUUAUUGGUGGACUGCUCUCGUUAUUGAUAGCUCCAAUUACUUUGAUGGGAAUCCCUGGCUGGAGGAUUUCUUUUCACCUUGUUGGCAUAGCCAGCGUCAUUGUGGGUUUUCUAGUUUGGUUAUUCGCCAUUGACCCUCACUUUCCGAAAGGUGGCGCGAGCGCUAGUGAUCAAGCGCCCCGCAAGUCCUUCAAAUCGGAUGUGAAGGACCUUGCUCAGGAAGCCAAAUCAGUGAUCGGGAUCCCUUCCUUUCAAAUUAUAGUAGCUCAAGGUGUUAUGGGUUCGUUUCCCUGGUCAGCUUUGUCGUUUGCUCCGAUGUGGUUGGAACUAACUGGUUUCUCUCACGAGAAGACAGCUGCCCUCAUGGGCACAUUCAUCGUGGCAAACUCCCUUGGUGGCGUAUUCGGAGGCAUGAUGGGUGAUUUCUUAUCAAAGCGCCUCCCAGAUUCUGGCCGGAUAAUAUUGUCACAGAUAAGCUCGGGAUCUGGAAUCCCUCUCUCUGCAAUUGUUUUGCUAGCAGUGCCUAACAAUCCGUCUACUGUGCUCGUACAUGGUAUUGUCAUGUUUAUUACGGGUUUCUGCAUAUCUUGGAAUGCAGCUGCCACGAACAAUUCAAUUUUUGCAGAAAUAGUCCCAGAGAAAUCUCGAACAAGCAUCUACGCAUUAGACAGAUCCUUUGAGUCCGUAUUUUCAUCAUUCGCUCCUCCCACAGUCGGACUACUGGCUCAAUACGCCUAUGGAUAUAAGCCCAUCAUUCCAGAAGGUUCAGAUGGCAUCUCUACUGAUAGAGAAAACGCUGCAUCUUUGGCCAAGGCUCUUUUUGCUGCAAUAGCUCUCCCAAUGGCUUUGUGUUGCGUCAUAUACACUUUCCUGUAUCGAACUUACCCAAAAGACAGAGAUCGUGCCCGGUUGAAAGCUAUCAUGGAGUCGGAGAUUCAGCUGAUGGAUUCCGAAUCUUUACAAGCUGGAGGAGACCAUGUUCAGAUUGAAUCUGGUGAAACAAGGGAGCUCAAUCUUGAUGGAAAAAUCAUUCUGUUGCCUUUUGAAGACUACAGUGAUGAAAGAAGACUACUUGUUACCCAAUAAUACAUCGUUGUACAGGACCGCUCUCUCAUAUUGACUGUACAGAUAAAUUUGAUCCUCAAAGCGCUGGCAUCGUACGCGCACCAUCAACUGUUCCUGCAUUCGGCGGGUAAGUUCUUGCUUGACCACAUAACCGGUAUUUUAGCUUCGAUGCUCUUUAAUGUGAUGCCAAUGAAGAAACCUUAGUAAUGACUGGAAUAGCGAUGAAUCUGUGUUAUGAAUUUAAUUUUGUUACAUUUUAUCAGUGGCUCCUAACCGAGUUGGAUAAUGGUUGCGGGUAGAUUGGUCAAAACCAGUCCAAUCCAAUUUUUUAUCGGAUUGGGCUCGACUGGUAGUAUUUAGGUCCGUGUUCAAUCGGGAACCCUCUGUUCGACUUGAGCUGUCAAAACUGGUCUGGCUCGGUUUUGGAUGGGACUGGGAAAUUCUUGCGUUGAUUGAUGCAAAAUUCAAAGCUAA